AUAUCCAAAUUAAAAUAGAAAAACAAAAUGGUUACCUUCGCAGUAGAAAUAAGUGUUUAUUAAAUAAAACAUUUUUUGCCGAAUACGCAAGCAACGAAUUGUUAUUUUAAUGUAAUUAUUUGCUAAUGGCGUUAUCGUAUGCUGAAGAGUUUCACGAGCCUGCUUACUUUGCGGGAGAUAAUACUAAAAAUAGAAAUCCACGUAAUGUAGCAAAUUCGUUACCGUUGAAAUGUGUUGAACAAUUGUAAAAAACAAUAUAAAUCCAAACAGAAGCUGCCAAAUUAAUGGCUAAAUUGUUCAUAUCCUUUAAAUUAUGCAAGUGUGACUAAGUAUUACGGCAAAUAUCGUUGAAAAAUUGAAUGUAAACGACGCGUUGUGGAUUUUAUUUACUUUGUGGAAGGGUUUGCAAGUUUUUAAUGGAACAAAAACAAGAUGGAUUUUGAGAUUAAUAUAAUGUGGAGGAUAUGGGAAAGAGAUUUUUGUUCGCUAGUUUAGCACAGUGUGUUCGUAUGCAUUAUGAAGGAGAUGGUAGGAGGCUGUUGCGUGUGUUCUGAUGACAGAGGUUGGCCUGAGAAUCCCCUUGUAUAUUGCGAUGGACAAUCGUGCACUGUUGCUGUACAUCAAGCCUGUUAUGGAAUAGUAACUGUUCCCACCGGACCUUGGUACUGUCGUAAAUGUGAAAGUCAAGAAAGAACAGCAAGAGUGAAAUGUGAGUUGUGUCCUAGUAAAUAUGGAGCCCUCAAGAAAACUGAUAAUUCUGGAUGGGCCCAUGUGGUUUGUGCAUUGUACAUACCUGAAGUUCGAUUUGGUAAUGUUACAACUAUGGAACCUAUUCAGUUACAAUUAAUACCAGCAGAGAGAUUUAAUAAGGUCUGUUAUAUUUGUGAGGAGCAAGGCAAACCCUCCAACGCAACAGUUGGAGCAUGUAUGCAGUGCAAUAAAACUGGUUGCAAACAACAAUUUCACGUUACUUGUGCCCAGGGAUUAGGUCUGUUGUGCGAAGAAGCUGGCAAUUAUUUGGAUAAUGUUAAGUAUUGUGGUUAUUGCCAGCACCAUUAUGGUAAAUUGAAAAAAGGCGGUAACGUUAAGACAAUUCCUCCUUACAAACCGGUAUCGGCGGAAAGUCACACGUCGGAUUCGAGUUCCGAAAAAGAAACCGAUCCUACGGUAGCGUUAAAUUCUAAACUAAAUCCCUCUCAAAUAUCCUCGUCAUCAACCACUUCAUUAACAACUUCGUCCUCUUCAACGUCUAUGUCGUCAUCUUCUCUUAAUAAGCGUAAUAAAUCGUCUUCGAGCGGAAAAAUAUCGUCAGCCAAUUCGAAAUCUAACAGUUCUAUAUCAAAAAGCACAUCCAGUUCUUCGCAUAACAAAACACUUCAUAAUUCGUCCGGGAAAUCUGACAGAGAUAAAGUUAAAGUGCCCAGUUUGAGUGUCAAAAGUGUCAAAGGGACAGACGAUGGUUCUGCACCCCCAUUAAGCAUUCCCAACAAUAACAGUGUCGACUCGAAUAAUAAGAACGAAAGGAAAGAAGUGAAAAGUGACGCGGACGAUUCUAAUAUCAAACCAGAUUUGAAAGAGAGCAAGAGCGGGAAAAAGAGGAAAGCAAACUCUCGAACGCCGACCCCUAUAACUGUACCUAGUGAAAGUGUUAGCGUUGUAGUGAGUGCUUCCUCUUUGAUAAGUUCAAACGAGAGUAGUGUUGGAAGCCUAGGAAACGCAGUUAUUUCGAGUGAAAAAACUGAAGGAUCCGAAAAACUAAAAAAGAUGAAGACUGAACUUCCGAUAAGCAUAAGCCAGCCCACCGUAGUUUUAACAGCAACCGCUUUGCCGUUGAAUAUAAAACGUAAUUCCCCGUCCGCCUCGACGACCGAGCCCAUUACUCCCUCAUCCAGUCCCCAUAACGCGCCUUCACAACCCGUCAUACAGUCCAACGUAACCCAGGGUUCAUUAGUUGUAUCGUUGCCCUUGGCCAAUGCAAACCUUAGUCCAAAUUCUCAUAUUUUAAACAACCAGACUCCUUUCGUUAACCUAAGCCAGGACCAUAGCAAUAGCAGCAGCAGCAUACCUGGUCGGAGUACUCCUUCCAAUUCAACAGCAAGUGGAAGUACAAUAACAGGCGGCAUCACGAAUCAAAAUAACGGAAUGGUCACCAGCGAAAUGAACGGCGAUGGACUUAAAAUAUCUUAUGAAAAACAAGCUUCAAGUAGUAGUCUUCAAAUGGAAUUGGAAAGGAUUACACCAAUAGAACAAGAAGGACCAACAAAACGACCUAGAUCUAGGUCUAGCGAAAAAAUCGAAAAAGAAAAAAUGACACGAGCAAAAAAGAGAGGAUCAAAUGACUCUAGUUCCCAGUACAACACCAGCGGUAGCAACAACCAUAACAUCACGACCGCUACAGCAAACGUCAACAAUGGAAGUGUUUCGAGACGUUCGAGCAGGUCGCAACAUUCGCCUCCGCCACCAUCGCAACCGUCGCAGAGUAACCCGUUGGGAGUGUCAAGAAGUGUGUCACAAAUUAAGGAAUCUCCACCAAGUUCACCAAGUUCCGAAAGUCAGGGCUCUACAACAACGAAUAGAACGAAAAACAGGGGAAGGAAAAGCGCACCUGCGUCUAUAUCGUCCCACAAAGAUACCAAAGACAAUCUCAAAGCGUUUCAAAAUGGUAUGACCGCCCCCCAUAUGAUGGGAAAUCAAUUAAACCCUAAUUCAAACAUGGCCCAGAAGAUGACGGAUCAUCUCAAUUCCGAAUUGGAAGCCCAUAGUAUUUUUAAUAUGAAUGAAAGCUCGAACCUUAUAGGUCCGCAGUUACACCAUAAGGUCAUAGCAGGCGCAAGGGCGAGUAGUUCGGGUGGUUCAAGCACAGCAUCAGCCACGAGCGGCGGUUUCUCUAUGUUGGGCGGAAGUGGAGGAUCUAUACCCCAAACUUUGGACCAGUUACUUGAAAGACAGUGGGAACAAGGCUCUCAGUUUCUUAUGGAGCAAGCGCAACAUUUCGAUAUUGCAUCCCUAUUGUCGUGUUUGCACCAACUACGAGCAGAAAAUUUGAGACUCGAAGAGCACGUGAGUUCGUUAUUGCAACGACGAGAUCAUUUGUUAGCCGUGAAUGCAAGACUAGCGAUCCCGCUCACGGGACAACCAGCCACACCCCAGGCUACACAUCCGCACACUGUUAAUAAUAUUCAUCCGACAGUUUCUGCCCAUUCCGAAAGUUCUCGAACGCGACAUAAUGGCGUAUACACGGGUCACGGUCAAAUGCCUCCACAACACCAGUCGUUACCGGUUGAGAACGGUUUGCCCUCCGAUCCCAGUCAACAGUACCCCCAUCAGCAUCGCAGUCCGGCUGGUAAUAAUCAGAAUCCUUCCAGUUCCUCAGUGCGAUGGUCAUGAGAGGAAGUUGUGGUUCAAAUUGUCGACGAUAAUCGACAUCUAGCGGAGGAAUGGUGUUGGAGAAAUGGAUUUUUGGGUUUAUUCUGACGAAUCUUUUUUGUUAUAUUAAAAAUAGAGAAAUAAUCGGUAACCGUGGAGUACGGCUAGGCAUGUACAAAUAUUUCAAAAUUUAUUGCUCACUCUAGGCGUUAAGCCUGUAUUGUGUUCAUUAAUAGGUUAAUUGUUAAUUAUUUGUUGUUAUUAAGUUAUGAAUUGUACGAUUUUUUUUUGUUAUUUUAGAGCGAUGUUUUCUUAUUCUUUCGCCUUUUCUUAUAUUAUUUUAUUGAUACACAACAUCUAUUAGACACAUUAUUAGCUUUUAUAAAACAUUGGUUAGUACAGAAUGAGAUCUCUCAAAAAAUUUAAAUAAUUAAUAUUUAUAAUUAGCUUAAAUUAAAAAACACGAUUUUUUUAAGGAACAACUAACAUACUUAUAAAUUAAUGUAUUGAAGUUAAAUAUAUUAAGCAAACGCGUUUUUUAAUAAAACUUCUCAGAUGACUUACAUAAAAGUUGAUAAAGAAUUUUUAAACAAUUUUUUUGUCAAUUACAUUUUUUUUUUAAUUUUUAACGUUAGUGUGAAGUUUAUGUAACAAUUUUUAAAGUACUAUGUUUAGCAAGUUCACUUAAAAGCUCAGGGAUUAAAUAGGAUUUACAGUUGUUGUAUACAAUUUUUAUUGGUGAUGUAGCAUGGUAAUUCGUUUUAUAAUAAUUUUGAUUUAAUCAAUACUUAUUAAUAAGAGAAAUAUGCAUGCCUCAGAAUUCAUACAUAUUCGUAGCAUAAAAAGGAACCAUGUUACAUCAUUGAUUAUCGCAUAUACAUAUAUAAAUGAACCGAUACUUACAGUUUUCAUUAAAUUAUGCAGGCUUUGUUCGUAAAUGCUACUUUUAAUCGCGUAAUUUAUAAUAAAAGGAUUAACCAAGGUGCCAGUUAGUAGACGUUAAGUUUCCGCUUUUGUAAAUAUAUAUACAAUCUGUAAAUGCUUGUAACUAAUUUCGCUAUUGUUACUGCUAAGCUGGUAUCAACAUUAAAAAUAUAAGUAAUUUUGAUUUUUCAAAUUCGUCAAAAUGCUCGUCAAUCCGAAACUGUAAAAAGAACAAAUAUUUUUGUUGUAAAUAAUCUCGGAAAUAUUUAUGUACUUUUCUAAGCAAAAAAAUACCGAAGGAACAGGAACUAGUUAUAACGAAAGGAAACAAUGAAAAUAAUACGAUAUGCGAACUUGUGUGGUAGCUGUAUAAUUUCAUUUUUCUUUUGUCUAAUUAUGUGCGAACAUAAAUAAUGUCUUUUGUAUAUUUUGUAAAUCAGUGUUUUGUUUUUAGUUUUGUAAUAUACACUUAGAUUAAUUUAA